UGCGGCAGCGAUGUCUGGAAGAGGCAAAGGCGGCAAAGGCCUGGGUAAGGGCGGCGCCAAGCGCCACCGCAAGGUCCUGAGGGACAACAUCCAAGGCAUCACCAAGCCGGCCAUCCGGCGGCUGGCUCGGCGCGGCGGCGUCAAGCGCAUCUCCGGCCUCAUCUACGAGGAGACGCGCGGCGUGCUGAAGGUCUUCUUGGAGAACGUUAUUCGGGACGCCGUCACCUACACCGAGCACGCCAAGCGCAAGACUGUCACGGCCAUGGACGUGGUGUACGCGCUCAAGCGCCAGGGCCGCACCCUCUACGGCUUCGGGGGCUGAGCCGCCGCUGCAAUCCGCUUCCACCCCCCACCCCAAAGGCCCUUUUUAGGGCCGACCACUCGGUCCUCGGAAGAGCUGGGCGCUCGGGCGGACGGUAAUGGCCGGGUCAGGCAGUCAGACUCGGGGGGUGGGUUUAGUAGGUACCGGGGCGAGCCUGGUGCGGGUUUCCCCGGAGCAGUGAAAUUUCCAGUGCUCUUGUCAAACCUGGGGGUGCCGGGCUUCCCGGGUUCCCGGGCUGUGUCGGGGGAGGUGGAGGCCAGUGAGUCGACACGAAGCCAGCCGGCGUUUGAUCAGCACGAUGCAGCCCUUGGCCUGCAGUUCGGCCGCGCCAAAUCUAUCGCCGGACCCCGCUAGACUUGGCUAACUUAGCCCCUUCGUUUUCUGUUACUGCCCAAGGAGUGAGUGAGCCAAGUGCCCUUAAGGGACGUUUUGGCCGGUGGGUUUCCGACCUGUAGUUGGUUGUUUGCAAUAAAGGUGAGAUUGCAAAAGCCAACGACAGUUAACUAUUUAAAUCCAAAUAAAAGGAUUAGACAUAAUUAGUUGAGGGAUUUUAAAGUAAAUUGCUUCCAGCAAGUUUUCUGGCCAGUGCACGAGAAGUUUGGUAUUCUGCAAUUUGUGUUAAACAGUUCUCAACUUAGCAUUGCAAGGACACGGGUGGAGACAGGUUUUAAUGUGUCCCUAUAAAUUUGAACAAACUACACAAUGUUAGCCUGCAGUGGAAGUAAAUCUUGCAGAAACAAGUAAUUCGGGCAGGUGAAUUUUUACCUAUUAGGGCUUGCUUGCUUGCUAAGACACCUGCAGGAACAUACCCACCAUGGGUACAGAAAGCUCAAUUUUGUUUUAAGUUUUUAUUAUUUAUUUGAAAGAGUUACAGAUAGAGGUAGAGACAGAGAGGUCUUCCAUCCGCUGGUUCACUCCCCAGAAGGCUGCAAUGGCAGGAGCUGCGCUGAUCAGGAGCUUCUGGGUCUCCUACACAGGUGCAGGGGCCCAAGGACUUGGGCCAUCUACUGCUUUCCCAGGCCAUAGCAGGGAGCUGGAUCAGAAGAGCAGCAGCCAGGACUAGAACCAGCAUCCAUAUGGGAUGCCAGCACUCCAGGCCAGGGCUAUAACCCGCUGCACCACAGCGCUGGCCCCUCAAUUUAGUUUUGACAAGGCAGAAGGAAAUGGUUCUGUAUCAGCAUGGCAGGCCGUUCUGUACACUGCCAUUUCUUCUAAACUGCUCCGAUCAGGCUGAAAUGUGGUGGGUCCACACUGCUAGUCCUGAAGCUUAAUUAUGAUUUUGCCACUAUUAUGUUUGCCUGUGAGAGUGGUUUGUUAUUUGGCAUCCAUAUGAGAAAUAAAUUGGAGGCUUCUGUGUGCAAGAUGUUUCUUUUUCCCUUUAAAAUUUCUGUAAUUUAUAGUGUCUAGCACCCUUUUGUUUUUUAACUUCAAAGGCAAUGCAGAGUGAAUAUAUUUGAUCCUCAGAUGCUCUGAGAAAGGAUAUGAAGAUUGAAGAAAAAGGAUAGAGAAAGAGUGGAUGGAAAACAUGUCAGUUGUCUUAUUGAUCUCGAAACUAGCUGCAUAGGAAACCUGGAGACUUGUUAGAACCACAGAGUCUUGGAUCCCACCCCAGAUCUGCUGAAUGAGAAACUCUGGGGGGCUGCGAUGGAGCAGUCUCCAGUCUCUUCUAGGUGAUUUUAAUACACACUGAAGUGGUUUUUUGGUUUACUUUAAAGAUUUAUUUGAGAGAGAGAGGUCUGAAGUGGUUCACUCCCCAGAUGACCACAGCAGCAAGAACUGAGCCAGGCUGAAUCCAGGAACUUCUGAGUUUCCCACAUGGGUGCAGGGUCCCAAGCACUUGGGCCAUCUUCCACUGCUUUCCCAGGUCAUUGGCAGGAAGCUGGAUGGGAAGUAGAGCAGCUGGGACUCAAACCAGUGCCCAUAUGGAUGCUAGCCCACAGGCAGAGGCUUAACCUACUACACCACAGCAUCAGCCCUAAGCUUUUUUGUUUUAUCCUGAGCAGGUUACACAGGAUUACAGUUCCGGCCUUCUGAUGGGUUUUGUCCCUGUCCUUUAAUUGAUUGUCUCCCCAGUUGUGCUUAGAAGACUCUACUUCCACUGGUUUCUCAGGUCUGCCUCUAGUGGAGCUGUCCUCCUGGCUGCUGGGGCCGGAGGUUUCUGACUCCAAUAAAUCUUGUUUUGCUCACUGCCUUGUCCCUGUGGAAAUUCUUCCAUGUGAGACAAGAACCGAAGUCACCUUUCUGCAUUGCCAUUUGACCGGUAACAAUUACAGAGUCCAGUGUGUGGCGCUACUUCCAUCACCAUGGCCACAGGGCACCGGAGUGUCCCACAGACUAUCAGAGCUCCCUUUCCAGGCUCCCUGCUUGCCUGCGUGGCAGCGCUACACUCCUCCACACCCAGGUCAAUGCUCCUGAGCACCUUUGACUGUAUUCUAACUUUUCUUCCUUUGAAACCUUUCACUCUGAGCUUUAUGUAUGCCACCGAUGUAAAUAUUAUUUCUCUACUUGAGCCAAAAGGACUGUCAUUUGUGCAGCUAUUAGUAUAUAAAAAGUAUGAGUGAAUAAGAAUGUUCAAAUAUUAAGAAUGAUUUAUACAUACAUAUAUAUGUGUGUGU